UGAGUGUAUCUAACCCAUUUUUGUGUAUCUAUACAUGAGAGUAUAUGUAUACAUACGUAUCUAUCCAUAAAUGAGUGUCUGUGUCUGUACAUAUGUAUGCACUUUUCUUAGAGGUUUAGAGCAUGGGCCAUGGAGCCAGGAGAGAGCCAACCAUCUUUCAUCAUAAUUGUAUGACCCUGUGGAAAUUUCUUAAGCUCUUUUUCUUUCAAUCACCUUACCCUUAAAUUGGGAAUAAUAGUAAUUCAUGCCUUAUAGGUUGCACUGAGGGUCAUAUUUUAAAAUGCUGAUAAAACUCUGGCUUAUAAGCAACCAAAAGUGUCAGUCUUUAUGAUUAUCUUCACUGUCAUCUCUAAUCCUCACAUCCGAAGGUAAUGGAGGCUGAGAGUGUGAAACAUUCCCCUCUAGGGACAUUGGUUACAGUGUGUGGUAGGUCCAGGAUUCUAGCUUAGCUCAGACUUUGUGUUGCCCAGAAGUCUCUGUCAGACUGGUAAUAUCUUUCUUGUCUUUCUACACUUCUGGAAAAAAUAAAUUUAUCAACUCUGGCUAUAACCCAUAGACAAGGUCAUUCAUCAUCAUGAGUGAAUGGGAGUAACUUGUACUGGCUUUGGAUCUCUAGUUGACAAAGGAAGAGCUUGGGCUUUGGAGUCUGGCAGGUCUGAAUUUGAGUGCCUGAAGCAUCACUAGAUGACUUGGGCCUGAUUUGUGUUUGUUGUUUUUAUCUUAAUCCUUUGGGCGUUUUUAGGACCUCAGAGGUACAAAAUUAAAUUACUAAUAAUCUUUGGUUCAUGAUACAUACUCAUUGGUGUUUCCUCUUUAUUUAUUAAUUAGACAUCUUAAAUAAAAAGCACCUGUGAGCCACCUGCCAAAACAACAUCUAGGCUUUUGAUGAUAACCUUCAUCUCACCAUUUAGCAGUUCCCUUGUCUUAAUCUCUCCCUCCACCUAACAGAGACAGCAUCCUGAGUUUCAUGUUUGCUAUGCCUUUACUUUCCUGUUCAUGCAAUCUUAUUACACUCUGAAAAGGAAAUUUAAAUUAUAACUUUUUAGGUUUUUAAAAAGGACAUCUUGUAGAUAAUCCUUUUUUUAUUGUGAAGUUUCAUCUACAUUAUGAUAUGCUGUAGUAACAUUUGUUUUGUUCUAUUGUUAAAUAUUCCAGUGUGUAAAAUAUACUGUAGUUUAUUUCUACAAUGUCUUCUUGAUGGGUAUGUGAGUGUCUUCACAAUUUUGCUAUUGUGGAGAGGGCUGUUUCAGCACUGUUGACGGUAACUGUAACUCCUGUGCACAUGUGCCAGAGUUUCUCUUGGGUGGGAAUGGAAUUGCUGGGUUGUGGGGUGUAUGAAUGUUCAGCAUCAGGGGACAGUACCGAAUUGUUUUCCAAAGUGGUUGCCUGCAUUUUCACUCUAAUUGGAAUGUGGAUUCACAUUCCUUCCAACAUCUGGAAUUGUGAGACUUCCAUUUUUUGCUAAGUGAAUGGAUAUGAAAUUGAGGCUUUUGAUUGCAUGAUAUUAUCCCACACUGAGGUUUAAUUUACAUUUCUCUGCCUACUAAUGGUGCUGACCACCACUUCUCAUGCUUAUGGGCAUGAUGUGCUUUCCCUGCCAUGAAAUGUCUAUUCUUAUCCUUUGAUCAUGUUUCUAUAAGAUUGAUUGUGAUCUUCUUACUGGUUUAUAGGAGAUGUAAGCAAAUUUCUUGAUCAUUUUGAGAUCAUUUUUGUGUCUGUAAAAAUGGGGAUGUGGAUAAUACAACGUUCACAGAAUUGACUUAGGAUUAAAUUAAUGUUUACAAAUGGAACUGUAAGUGCUGGCGUACAGCAUAAUAGAUGACCAAAAAAUGGUAUUUUUUGCUCUCUCCUGGGCCCUGCUCCCUCCUGCCCCCUGGAGCCUCCUAUCAGUGGACUGGCUUGGUUGGAAUUGGCCUCAUUUGCUUAGUGGAGAGUACUCCUUAUUGGUGUGGCCAGUGUAGUCCUACUAGUAUUAUUGAACUUUAGAGAAUAAAGCAAGUUAAAUGAGCUCAGACUCCUUUGAAGGAAAUACAGGGAAAGAAAGCAGAAGGGAAGUGUUUCAAUGCAGUCCUUGACAAAAAUAAAGGGAAAAAUCAGUAUAACUAUUGUGUUGAUCUCAGUAGCCCUACCUGUAAAUGUUUGAAGUGUAUGUUAAUAUGACAAUUGUGAAAGAUAAGGAUAACAAUAUAUACAUAACUAAACUGAAAAUUCAGUACGAAGCAAAAUGAUGAUGCUCAGAAGCCAGUGGUCAUAGGCGGCCCCAUGACACUUCAGGUUUUCUGUUUCUCUGCUGCUGGGAUCUACUUCCACAGCACUUUAGAGAAUGCUGCACAGUCAUGCGGAGAAGCCACACUGGGAACCAGGGGAAAAUAUUAGAAGAAGAAUCUGAAGGACACCAUCAAAUACUGUGCAGUUAUUGCUUCCUGCCCCGGCUUGAUUUUUGGAGUGUUGAAUUUAAGGAGAGAAUCUGGAUGUGAUAGAAAGCAAUUGAUUUUACCUUUCUGUGUUUUACUGAGAAUAUUCCUGGAGGAAUAGAAGCCGGAGAGUCAAUGCUACAGUAAUUUUGAAAUUGCUGCACUGCAGCAUGCCAUCUUUCAUCUGUCUCUAUCUGUGCUCAAAGUCUCUCUUAGGAUUUGGAGAACAAUCAACCAUGACGACAGAAUCUGGAUCAGACUCGGAAUCCAAGCCGGACCAGGAGGCCGAGCCCCAGGAAGCGGUGGGAGCACAGGGGCACGCGGGAGCGCCCGGGCCGGAGCCGCCCACAGAGGAGCAGCAGCAGGCCCUAGAGCAGUUCGCGGCUGCAGCGCACAGCACCCCGGUGCGGAGGGAGGUCACUGACAAGGAACAGGAAUCUGCUGCCAGAGCUGCAAAACAGCUUGAAUAUCAGCAAUUAGAAGACGAUAAACUUUCUCAGAAAUCAUCUAGCAGUAAACUCUCUCGGUCUCCAUUAAAGAUUGUCAAAAAGCCUAAAAGCAUGCAGUGCAAAGUGAUACUUCUAGAUGGCUCAGAAUAUACCUGUGAUGUAGAGAAACGCUCCAGAGGACAAGUGCUGUUUGAUAAAGUAUGUGAACACUUGAACUUGCUAGAGAAAGACUACUUUGGGCUUACGUAUCGAGAUGCUGAAAACCAGAAGAAUUGGUUGGACCCUGCUAAGGAAAUUAAAAAACAGGUUCGAAGUGGUGCUUGGCACUUUUCUUUCAAUGUAAAAUUCUAUCCACCAGACCCUGCCCAGCUAUCUGAAGAUAUCACCAGGUACUACCUCUGCUUGCAGUUGCGAGAUGACAUCGUGUCCGGAAGGCUGCCCUGCUCCUUCGUUACCCUGGCCUUGCUGGGCUCCUACACUGUCCAGUCAGAACUUGGAGACUAUGACCCAGACGAAUGUGGGAGCGAUUACAUUAGCGAGUUCCGCUUUGCACCAAACCACACAAAAGAACUGGAAGACAAAGUAAUCGAGCUGCACAAGAGCCACAGAGGGAUGACGCCGGCAGAAGCAGAGAUGCAUUUCUUGGAAAAUGCCAAAAAAUUGUCCAUGUAUGGGGUAGAUUUACAUCAUGCUAAGGACUCAGAAGGAGUCGAAAUUAUGUUAGGAGUUUGUGCAAGUGGUCUGUUGAUAUAUCGUGACCGGCUGCGAAUAAACAGAUUUGCCUGGCCCAAGGUUCUGAAGAUUUCAUAUAAACGGAACAACUUUUACAUAAAGAUCCGGCCAGGAGAGUUUGAACAAUUUGAAAGCACCAUUGGGUUUAAGCUGCCAAACCAUCGAGCUGCCAAGCGUUUGUGGAAAGUUUGUGUUGAGCAUCAUACGUUUUUCAGACUGUUGUUACCAGAAGCACCUCCCAAGAAAUUCCUAACCUUGGGUUCCAAGUUUCGUUACAGUGGCAGGACACAAGCGCAAACGAGAAGAGCCAGUGCGUUGAUAGAUCGCCCAGCGCCUUACUUUGAACGCUCGUCCAGCAAACGUUAUACCAUGUCUCGCAGCUUGGAUGGAGCAUCAGUGAAUGAAAACCAUGAAAUAUACAUGAAGGAUUCUAUGUCUGCUGCAGAGGUUGGUACUGGCCAGUACGCCACAACAAAAGGCAUCUCUCAGACCAACUUGAUCACCACUGUGACUCCGGAGAAGAAGGCCGAGGAGGAGCGAGACGAGGAAGAGGAUAAACGGAGGAAGGGGGAAGAAGUCACGCCCGUCUCGGCCAUCCGGCACGAGGGAAAGUCACCUGGGCUUGGCACUGACUCAUGUCCCUUGUCACCCCCAUCUGCCCAUUGUGCCCCCACAUCUCCCACAGAUCUCCGUAGGAGGUGUAAGGAGAAUGACUGCAAACUGCCAGGUUAUGAGCCAUCCAGAGCUGAGCACAUGCCUGGAGAGCCCACCGUGGACUCUGAUGGCCCAGGGAGGCCUUACCUAGGGGAUCAAGAUGUGGCCUUUAGCUACAGACAGCAAACUGGCAAGGGGACCACCCUGUUCUCCUUCUCCUUGCAGCUCCCUGAGUCAUUCCCCUCCCUCCUAGACGAUGAUGGGUACCUCUCUUUCCCCAACCUUUCUGAAACCAACCUCCUGCCCCAGAGCUUGCAGCAUUACCUUCCGAUCCGCUCACCGUCCCUCGUGCCCUGUUUCCUCUUCAUCUUUUUCUUUCUGCUGUCUGCCUCCUUCUCAGUGCCAUACGCUCUCACUCUCUCCUUCCCUCUGGCUCUGUGCCUCUGCUACCUGGAGCCCAAGGCGGCCUCCUUGAGCGCCUCCCUAGACAAUGACCCGAGUGACAGUUCAGAGGAAGAGACUGACAGUGAGCGCACGGACACUGCAGCCGACGGGGAGACCACUGCUACUGAGUCGGACCAGGAGGAAGAUGCAGAGCUCAAGGCACAGAAUAGUCUGAUUAAACGAAUAAAGGGUGAAAAUGUGUAUGUCAAACAUAGUAAUCUUAUGUUAGAGGAGCUAGAAAAAACUCAAGAUGACCUGAUGAAACAUCAAACCAACAUUAGCGAGCUGAAAAGAACCUUCUUAGAAACCUCGACAGACACUGCCGUCACGAAUGAAUGGGAGAAGAGGCUUUCCACCUCCCCCGUGCGACUGGCUGCCAGGCAGGAGGAUGCCCCCAUGAUCGAACCACUUGUUCCUGAAGAGACCAAAGAAGAAAGAGAGAUUUCUGAAAAAAUUAUAUUUUUGCAGCAAGGAAGCUCUCCAUUCUUUGAGUCUCAGCCAAGUGUGAUAAAGAAAAUGCAGGAAGGAGAUUCUGCUGACUCUGUGAUUACUUCUCGUCAAAUAAUUUUCCAGAAAACUGUCCCAUCGACCCUAGAGGGCACAGAGGAUUGGGUUAUUGUAGACAAAAUACCCACUGAGGUAGUUGAUGGUGAUUCGAAAAAGAUUGUGACUUACAAGGUGGUGACCGUGAGCAGUAGAACCGGUGACCUCGCACCCGACAUGUUAAAAUCUGGCACUAUUAAAAUGCAUAGCUUCGAAGACUUGGCUCGAGAAAUGCAACUGAAAGAAGACAGCAAACAGAAAAUAUACACCCUAGGAAAAUCCUAUGACACUGUCUCCGGGAGAAUUGUUACUAUGACUGAGAAAGCUAGAGAGGGUGAGAAAGUGGGACAGCCCUCCACUGCGGAAGCCCUUCAGAAAAUAGAGAAAGGAGUGUCAGAGUCCGUGAAGACCACUCCCGGACUGGCAGAGUAUGAGGUCCUGGAAGCCCUCGCUGAUGAGAGAUCCAAGAGAGGACCCGAGGUCCAGACCACAAAGCGGAAAUUGUCCGAAUCCCUGGCGCCCAUCAAGGAGGCCGAGUCUCGCCGGCAGAGUCCAGAAGACGACGACCUCAAGAAGGCUCCACAGCUGGGGAAGGACAUGACCGUCCCCCCUGGCCUGGAAGGCAGACGCUUCAGCAAAACAGAGCAAGUGCCAGAGAGUGAGGUCUUAAAAGUGGGCCCCUUUGGCCCCCGAAGGAAGAGCCUGUCCGAAUGGAGAUAUUCCCAGGAACCGACCUUUACCGUGGCUACUGCCCAUUACGUUACUGAGUCGUCCGCCUCCCGAGUAGUGACUAAGCAGUCUUCUGGGGAAAAGCUCAUGGAUGGCUCUGAAAUCUUCAGUUUGUUAGAGUCUGCGCGAAAACCAACAGAAUUCAUAGGAGGGGUUACUUCUCAAACCUGGGUUCAGAAAAUGGAAACCAAGACGGAAUCCAGUGGAAUCGAGACGGAACCCGCCUCACACCACCGACCGCUUAGCACUGAGAAGGUGGUGCAGGAGACUGUGCUGGUGGAGGAGAGGCGUGUGAUGCACGCAAGUGGGGAUGCUUCUUACACAGCAGGAGACGGUGCGGAUGCCGUAGCACCGCCCACAUUCACGGGGGCUUCUAGUGUUAAAGGGAAGGAGGGCUCUGCCUUGACGGAGGGGGCUAAAGAGGAACCAGGGGAGGAGGUCGCUAAAGCUGUGCUGGAGCAGCAAGAGACAGCUGCUGCUUCCCAUGAGUCACAAGAGGAGCAGAGUGCAGCCAUCCACGUUUCAGAAACUUUGGAACAAAAGCCUCAUUUUGAGUCCUCAAUGGUGAAGACGGAAACCAUCAGUUUUGGCAGUGUUUCACCAGGAGGAGUAAAGCUAGAAAUUUCUACCAAGGAAGUGCCAGUAGUUCACACUGAAACCAAAACCAUCACAUAUGAAUCAUCACAGGUCGAUCCUGGCACAGAUCUGGAGCCGGGCGUGCUGAUGAGCGCACAGACGAUCACAUCUGAAACCACCAGUACCACCACCACUACGCACAUCACCAAAACUGUGAAAGGGGGCAUUUCAGAGACAAGAAUUGAGAAGCGAAUAGUCAUCACGGGAGAUGCAGACAUUGACCAUGACCAGGCGCUGGCUCAGGCAAUUAAAGAGGCCAAAGAGCAGCACCCUGACAUGUCAGUGACCAAAGUAGUGGUCCAUAAAGAGACAGAGAUCACACCAGAAGAUGGAGAGGAUUGACCAGAGGAAUAACUUAGCUUGCACAUGAAUGCAGUCAUGCAAACCAUUAGGAAAACCAGAGCCUAUAUGGACUUCCCUCUUCUAACCCAACUGACUUGUAUCUGUCCGUGGAAAAUUUCAGUCCAGAAGAAUUGACCUUGACCAUUAAUAAAGACACUGGCAGAGAGAUCCUCCCAUAAUAAAGCAAUCUGAUUCAGCAUCACUAAACUGAUAAUGCAUGAAGCAACAAUAAAAUUACAAAUAGCAGCAUUUUUAAUUUUCACAAAAUGUCUCAGUUUUCAGCUAUACCUGCACGUUCAUAACCAACAAUAUAAACCGUGAUCUCAUGUAACACAUAAGCAGUUCAUGCCUUUCAUAGUUUAUUAUUAUUAAAGUCUGAACAAAAUUGCAAUUUCUUAGGUAACAAACCUUUUGUUUACAGUUAAACGAAGAUUACCCUCAAAUACUAGAAGCUGUCUAGGUCCAUCUGAUGUGUCAGAUUUUUCCCAGAUUAGAUGUGCCAAUAACCAAGUUUAUUCAGUAAACAACUUAUACUUGUUUCAUCUGGUUUUAUUACUCUCACCCAUAAACGGUAAUGACUCUCUGACCCUCUGGAAAUAUUUAACGCUUACAAUCUUGCUUUGUGUAUCUCAUUUAAUUUGUUAUAAGGUAGUACUGAUUUUAGCAUAUUAAUGUGAUUUCUUCCUCAUUGUUUUGGUCUGUGUUCAAUCCAGAGAGCUUUUCAGAGUUCCCUAACCAGUCCUAAGUAUGUAAAUUGUCAUUAUUUUGGGAAGAAAAACCUGUAUUUUUGUUAGUUUACAAUAUUAUGAAAUUUCACUUCAGGAGAACCUGUUGGGCUUCCUGUGGCUUUGUUUUCUUAGUUUCUUUUUCUGUGUAUUUUUUAAUUGAUUUUUCUUCUUUUACUUGAAAAGAGUGUUUUAUUUUCAAAUCUGGUCCAUAUUUACAUUCUAGUUCAGAGCCAAGCCUUAAACUGUACAGAAUUUUCACUGUAAUUAAAACUAUUUAGUGUUAUAUAUAGUCUUCAAAAAGAGAGAUUCUCCAUUACACAGUCACCUGCAUCACAGCCCAUGGUGAAUGUAUGUUUCUGCAUAGCAAAAUAAAAACGGCAAAUGCACUGAAA